AAAAAGAGGUGCCCCAGGUCAGCCAGACACCCUGGUGUCCUCUGCACUCUGGUCCUUUAUUCCACAGGGUGCCGGAGGUCAGCUGAAGAGGAGCCCCCUUAAAGAAGAGGGUGUGUGCCACGAGCUGCGUAGGUGUGUGGCUAUAUAUCUCCAACACUGGUACCCUCAGGACAGAGAUGGCACUGCCACAGGAGCUGUUUGACACCCCUGCUUCCAAGCUGACUGCCUUCGUGCAUCACUGCCUGCACCCCAGUCAGGAGUGGAAAAAGGAGGUGCUGGAGGUUGUGAGGACUGUGGGGCAUUCCCUGAGAAAGAACUGCUUCCAGAGGAAGAGCAGCCUGGACAAGGAGGUGCGGGUGCAGAAGGUGAUCAAGGUGGGCUCCUUCGGGAAUGGCACCGUGCUCAGAAACACCACGGAGGUGGAGCUGGUGGUGUUCCUGAGCUGUUUCCGCAGCUUCCAGGAGGAGGCCAAGCACCACCAGCGCAUUCUGAACCUGAUUUAUGAAAAGCUGCUGUAUUGCCAGGACCUGCUGGCCCUCCAGCUCCAGGACCUCAGGCUGGUCCGGGGAAACCCCUGUGAAGUUGUCUCCUUCACCGUGCAGACCAGGGAGACUGGAGAGCCCAUCACCGUCACCCUCGUGCCUGCCUUCGGGGCGCUGAAGCCUUGUCAUCCCAAAUAUCAGCCCCCGCCAGAGGUCUAUGUGAGUCUGAUUAAGGCCUGCAAUGUCCCUGGAAAUUUCUCCCCAUCCUUCAGUGAGCUGCAGAAAAUCUUCAUCAAACACCGGCCAGCAAAGCUAAAGAGCCUCCUGCGGCUGGUAAAACACUGGUACCUGGAGUACGUGAAAGCUCUGUGCCCCAGGGCCAACCUGCCGCCUCUCUAUGCCCUCGAGCUACUGACCAUCUAUGCCUGGGAAGUGGGUACUCAGGAAAAUGAGAAUUUCAGACUGGACAGAGGCCUGGUCACUGUGAUGAGCCUGCUCAAGGAGUAUCAGUCCCUCUGUAUCUUCUGGACCAAGUACUACACAUUCCAGAACACGAUCAUCGAGGAUUUUGUCAGAAAAGAGCUCAAAAAUGAGAGGCCCAUCAUCCUGGAUCCGGCUGACCCCACCCACAAUGUGGCGAGAGGCUACAAAUGGGAAACAGUCGCUCAGAAGGCCAGACAGUGCCUGAAACAAAACUGUUGCUGUGACAACAAGGACCGAGUCUGCAGCUGGAACGUGAAGAGCACACGAGACAUCCAAGUGACAGUGGAGCAGUGGGGUUACCCUGAUUUAACUCUCACGGUGAACCCUUACGAGCCCAUAAAGAAGGUUAAAGAGGAGAUCCAGGAGACAUUGGGCUCCUCGGCUGUACUGCGUCUGUCCUUCCAGGAGCCCAGCGGGGAGCGGCAGCUUCUCAGGAGCCGCGACUCCUUGGCCAGUUAUGGGAUCUUCUCCAACACCCGCAUCUGUCUGCUGGAGACCGUCCCUCCUGAGAUCCAGCUCUUUGUGGAGAAUCCCAGUGGUUGGAGCCACUCCUAUGCUGUUGACCCCAACAGCCUCAUCCUGGAUCUGAAGCAGCAGAUUGAACAGAAGGAGGGGCUGUUCAUAGAGGAGCAACAGCUGGAGUUCCAAGGCCAAGUCCUGCAAGAUUGGUGGAGGUUGGGGAUCUGUGGGUUCCAAGACAGUAGCACCCUUAUCCUCUCCAAGAAGAAAGCUGGGGAGGCUCACUUUCUACCCAGAUAGUGUCCUCUGGGAGACCUCUCUGUGCAUUUCUGCCAUGUAAUCCAGGUCCCACCAGCUUCCCCUUACCUCGCCAGUAAACAAAUGAGGAGGCAUAUGAGAGACUAGAUGCACAAACUGACAAUGGCAAGACUGCAUUUGACGAUAGAAUUCUGACCCACCACCUCAGCAGCCACCAGCCAGGAAGCCAAACCACAACCUCAGCAUCAGUCAACCUCAAACCAUCAGGAUUUGGUCAAUAACUGCCAGCUUCCCAUUUCCCCCCUUCCAACUUAGGACCAACCAAAGAAAGCCAAACAUGCUCCCGAACCAAUCACAUAGGAUGCCCUGCUUCUAGUUAGCCCGCCUCCAGCUUCCCCAUACAAACAACCACAAUUAGGAUAUACCUGAAGCCGUCCCUUUUCCCCAGUACGAAGCUUCCCCAUUGCCCUGACUGUCUUGGAGUCUUUGCCAAACACAAGUGAUGGUGGCUGACUCCCUUGCUAUUGCAACUUGGAAAUAAAUAACCUCUGU